AUGCGGGACUUGGGACAGAGGCUUGAUCGAAGUCCAUGUAAUACCGGCGUCAUGGCCGGCGCAGAAGAGCACGAUGGAGCGCAGGAAACGGCGGCCGAGAGUGUCAGUAGGCCCAGCUCGCCAAUCGGAGGUGUUAAUGUGGGAGAGCCGUCCCGCACUGCAAGUGUGAAUUUUUGGGUGCGAGGAGCGUGUUCAAGAUGCUUGACCCUGGAGCUGGCGAGAAUGCGGCCUGAAGCGAAUCGGAUAGUGAGCUGGAAACUUGCGGCCCAUUCAUCCGCGCAGCGCGUCAACCGCAAGUUUCCCGUCGAACGGAAGGCAUGCCACUAUUGGGUUUACUGGUAUGGCAAGCGCGAGCGGAUGGGUCAAAAGCCUGGCGGCGGCGAAUCAGCAGUGGCUGAACAUGGCGGGGCGGAGUGCGCCAUGUAUGAUAUCACCGACUACGUGCUUGCCACGGUCGUCGGUCGUCGCCGCGUCGGAGAAUCGUCGUCAAGUGGCGGUCAGCGUGCCUGGAGUUGGUCGUGGUGGACGUUGGCUGUCUUCGAUGCUGCUUCCCGAAGCAAUCGCUGUCGCAAGGAUGCUCGACUUCCGGCGUCUCCUCAGAAUAAUGAUUCCAACAAGCAGUGGCCUGUACGAGCCAUGCUUUCCGGCCCUCGCCGCGUGCAUGUCACCCAUUCAUGGCUGGUGGAGGCUGGAACAGUAGUGUCGAUGAAAAGGAGAGAAGUCGGCACCCAGAUAGGCUUUCGCACGGUGCAACGGCACGGCGGGCCAAUGCGGUGCACGCUUUCGCCGUUUGUCCUGUUCCGAGGAGGCGGUCUGCUUCUUUAUCAGCACCACUCCCAACCACGCCAGACCGACGCGCAUCCUCUGCUACGGCAUGAAUGCGCAUUGCAGCCGGUCAACCAUGCUCGACUAAUGCGGUAUGCGCGCAAGCGCAAGCGCAAGCGCAAAAUUCAUGACGUGGCCACCAGGCAUUCGCCGAAUGGUGGAAGGUCUAGGUCCUGCCUGCAUUCGGAACCAGAUCUAAAACGGCGAGCCACUCAAGGCCACUGGGUAUAUGUAUCCUCUACACGCCCAUCUGGGACCUCUCUGGUUCGUUUCGGCGCCCGGUGA